GAAUCAUUCAUCUUGUAUAUAUAAACACAAAAAGUUUCAAUAAGAAACAUAUAGCGAGAGUAAAAUAAACUAAGUCACUUCUAAAAAUGGCAAUUAGGGUUUCUUACAAGCCUCUCCUCCUGGCACUUCUUCUCAUCGUCUUAGUUUCUUCCCCUGCUCAAGCACGAAGCAUAGGAGAAAUCGUGAGGAAUAGAAAGCUAUUGGUUGUGGAGAAGGAGCAAGAGACUCGGAACUCAAGACAAGACGGAGGAGGAAGUGAUGGUUAUGGAUUGGUGGAUAUGGAUUAUAAUAGUGCGAACAAGAAAAGACCGAUACACAACCGCUAAUGAACACACUACACAUGUGAUGAACUUAGCAGUUUCUUGUGAGAUAUCCAAAGAUAUAUUCUAUGAUAUCCCGAGAUUUAUAUGAUCUAUUCAACAGAAAUUACUAUCAAGUAUUGAGAAUGUAAACUAUUUUAUAAAUCGUCAUAUAAAUAUAAUCGAGUUUGUAUACAUAUAAUUAAGUAUAGUCGAGUCUUCAUGAAAAUAAAAUACGAACGAUUCUAUAUAAUAACCGUAGUUUAUGUGUGUA